AUUUGGGAUAUAACCAUUUGCACACAAAUAGAGAACAAGUACCUGUACAUGUGGCAAACGAAUUAUUUGUACAUACACGCCCUUCACGAAGUACGCAGUUUAAAACUAGAAAAAUACUGCGCUAACUGAUAUCAUGUAAACGAUGAGAUACUGGAGGAGCAGAUUACUAUACCAAGUGUGAUUUUGGUAACAUUUAGAUGGAGUUUACUUUAGCCUACCGAUUUGGAAAAAGGUUCUGAACUAGGUUAGCUUCGAGAUUCCGUACUUCUAUGUAGUAAGUGGCUGAUAUUCCAACGUGUUUUGAUCACUACUUCAAUGUAUAUGCGUUUUGAUAGACUUUGGAGAAUGUGGCCAAGGUCGGUGCAAAUAUGGGGUCUGAGGCUACUCGUUCUCUCUUUUAUAACCACCGUUUACUUCAUGAUCAGUGUCGAGAGAACAGAGGACCACGAGAGGUCGGCCUAUAUCAACCAAAAACGGAAUCAGAAACUCGGAAAAUAUAACGUCAACCCUAAACAUAAACCUAUAAUUGGUAUCACUAGAGAUAUUACAGCGAACCCUAUUAUUCCCCCGAAGAACACCUCAAACCCGGAAGCAGUAAAGAAGCGUGUCCACCGAAAUAACCUUAGCCCGUCUAAAACAGCUCAAGCUGAUCUUCCCGUUGCUCCUCCUAAACCACACCUUGGAGAUAUAGAAGGAUUGAUACUAGCUUCAAACGUGAGCCAUGAGGACUGGCCGAAAUAUAGGCAUGCUUUAACAGGGAUUCAAAAAACUUUGUUUAAAUCUAUCGAAAGACCCCCUGAUGCAAGGUAUAACUUGAAUGCUACAUUGAGUGACAGUAUUUCGUUAGAUAGGAUGGUUCCCGAUACAAGACCUUAUGAAUGUCUAAAGCUGCAAUAUAAUAUUGAUGAUUUGCCUACGGCCAGUGUAAUUAUACCAUUUUAUUUUGAACCCCUCUCUAUGUUAUUGCGAACCAUACAUAGCAUACUUAAUAGGUCUCCUCCAAAACUUUUGGCAGAGGUAAUACUAGUGGAUGAUGCUAGUGCGGCAGAAUAUCUUCACGAUCCACUAAGGGAUUAUCUGGUACAUUUACCAAAGGUGAGAUUAAUCCGCCAUGAUGUAAGAGAAGGACUAAUCAGGUCUAGGAUGCAAGGUGCCCGAGCCGCCACUGGUGACGUCAUUGUAUUCCUUGAUGCUCAUACAGAAGCAAAUAUUAAUUGGCUGGUGGAAAUUCUUUCCCACAUCAAAAGAGACCCCCACAUCGUAGUACAGCCAUUGGUUGAUGGAAUCAGUGCCCAGACAAUCGAAUAUGGUAGCACAGGGGGCAACCAUAUCGGUAUUAUGAGCUGGGAUCUUAAUUACCGAUGGAUCAAGUUGGGUAAGCACGAAACGAAAAGGUUAAAGUCACCAAUUGACCCUAUCUACACACCUUCACUUGUUGGUUGUGCAAUCGCCGUGCAAAGAGACUAUUUCUUUCACAUUGGAGCAUUCGAUGAAGGAAUGGAUAUCUGGGGUGGAGAAAAUAUAGAGUUGUCACUCAGAACUUGGUUGUGUGGCGGAAAAACGCUGACGCUGCCGUGUUCCAGAGUGGCACAUGUAUUUAAAGAGUUCACCUAUGGAUUCGGUAAACUUGGGAAGGAUACUAUCUUGCAGAAAAAUCUAAUAAGAAUAGCUGAAACAUUUAUGGAUGAGCACAAAAAGUAUUUCUACGCAUCAACCAGGACGCAUAAAGAGAAAAGGGACGUUAAGUUAAGCGAUGUAGAAUGGGCUUCAUUAGAGAGGAGAAAAAAACUGAGGAAAGACUUGUUUUGUAAACCGUUUGAAUGGUUUGUAAAUACUAUCAUUCCUAACCUACCUUUACCGCCUAUGGACGUGGUAUUCUACGGGGAGAUUACUAGUCAAGCUUCUUCCCUGUGCUGGGUUCCCAGACAAGCUAAUGACGGGGUGUAUAUAGCGAUGACAAAUCAGUGUUACUUUCAUAAAAUUAUUCCUGAAAAUUAUUUCAAAAUUACUCAAAAUGGGAGACUAAUGUUUGGAGAACUAUGCGUCGAAGUGAAAAUGCCGUCGCCAUUUUUAGUGCUUACAAAAUGUAAAUUAGAGUCCGAUAUUUACGAACAGGGUCUGUGGUCGUUGAUGCAGGGUGGGAGUGUGGAAAUUGGGAAAGUACAGGUCCAGACAUACAUGGACAAACAAUUAUACACUUUCUGUAUUGAACAAGUCACCAACAUUUUAGAACCGUAUAAAGGAGAACAGGUGCCACAAGUAGGAAGGUGUAAACAAGAUAACAGAUUCCAAGAAUGGAGAUUUACUUAUAAAAUUGAUUUUGAAACUCAUACAAAUAACACUAGAGCAAAUUAGCAGAGUGAAUACCAUACUAUAAUUAACGGAGGUGUUUUACAUUUUUAUUCGCCUGUUUUAUAUUACGACUUGAUACUAAUGCACCAUUUAAAAGUUUGCGUGAGACCCCCCCCCCACGCGAGGAGGGUAAGGAAUUUGAUACACAAUGUUGCCCCCAGGGGUAGGAAUUCGA